AUGGUUUCUGGCAAGCAAGAUCCUAUCAUCCUUGCGACCUGCAAGCAGACCCGCUUCCAUCUAGCAGAGGGGAAAGGCUCAGGCGAGAUCGAUAUACAAGGCCUAGACCUACUUGUUGCCUCUCGUCCCUCUCAAGGCCAGGAUGCAGAGUCUUCAGGCGCUGGGAAAGUGAAAGCGCGGAAGAAAGAGACAGCUGGUCUAGGUCUGGAGAUUCUCACCAGUGCGACUCUUCGAUUAAAGGCUGGGGUUCAUUAUGGCCUUGUCGGUCGAAAUGGAACGGGAAAGUCAACCCUGUUACGAGCAAUGGCAGACAGAUUGAUACCCGGACUGCCCGAGUCUGUCAAGAUUGCGAUUUCUCCAGCAAACUGA